AUGGCGGCCGCUGGCGACUACGACGCCGAGGCCGAGCUGGCCAGGUUCCACGAGUCCCGCGCCGGCGUCCGCGGCCUCGUGGAGUCCGGCGUCACCGCCGUGCCUCCACUCUUCUUCGCACCCACCGUGCCAGCCCCGCAGGCUCCGGCGACUCCGCCAGCCUUCACCGUCCCGGUCGUCGAACUCUCCCUCCCGCGCGCAGACACCGUCGCCCUCGUCGGCGCCGCGGCACGUUCGCGCGGCUUCUUCCACGUCACCAACCAUCGCGUCCCGGCCGGCAUCGUGGCGGCCGCCGCCAGAGCCUUCCACGAGGAGCCCCUCGCCGCGAGCUCGGCGUUCUACUCCCUCCACCCCGCCGGGUCCGUCGCCUACUCCACCGUCCCCAUCACGCAGCGACGGGGUGUCGAUGCCGCUCCGAUCCUGCCAUGGCGCGACUCGCUCCGUGUCCGCUUCGGCCCGGGGGAGCCCGAGCUCGGCAGCCUGCCCGCUCGGUGCCGGGACGCGCUGCAUGUGUACCAGCGGCUGCUGAAGGGCUUCGGGAAUGAGGUGGCCGGGCUGCUGUCGGAGGCGCUCGGCGUCGGGGCGGGGCGGCUGGAGCAGAAGCUGCAGGUGAGAGGGUGGAUCAUGGCGUGCCACUGCUACCCGCCGUGCCCGGAGCCGACGAGGGUGGUGGGCAGCCUCGAGCACACGGACCCCGGCUUGUUCACGGUGCUGGCACAAGAUGGCGUCGGCGGGCUGCAGGUGAGGUACCACCACGACGGUGCUGGGGGUGGAGGCGACGGCGACGGAGGCGUCUGGGUCGACGUGGUGCCGGCGAGCUGUGCGCUUCUGGUCAACAUCGGCGACUUGCUCAAGCUAUCGGCACUUCUUCCACUUGGGGCUGCUGUUGCUCCCCCUGAUGUGCGGCUAUCGGUUCUGUCGGAUCCUGAAGGACAGGUUCCUGGUUCUGACUCGUCGCCGCAGCUGGAGGACUAA